AAAACGACAGGUGGCGCAAGAUCGAGUAGGGAACAAGAUGGCGUCGAGUGUGCUAUACGAGAGAAAUGAUCAAAACAAGAGAUCUAACGGACAAAAAGACGGAAUUCCUACUUAUCGUAACGCCGGAGAAUACGCUAAUGCGGUUAAUCAAUGGCUAUGGCAGUGUUAUUAUUGGCAAUGUUUCUCGGCUUCCAUUCCCACGCUGGUUUUGCAGUCCUGGUAUCAGGCUCAGAAUAGUUCCAACACGCCGGAUUUCAAUAGGAAUUUCCCGAAUUUCGUCCCAAAUCAGAAUUUAUCGACCAAUCUACAACCCGUUAACAGAUCUCAACAAGCCACAAAUAGACAAAUUCCCGUUCAAGGACAAGAGUUCCUUGUACCUUCGUUAUGGAAGAGAUUUGCAGCAGAAACAAUUGACUUUUUUAUAUUGUUAGUAUUAAAAAUAAUGGUCACGUACAUUGCUGUAGAUUUUUUUGAAAUUGUAAAUUUAGAUAAAUAUGAUUUAAAUUUAAUAAGAGAUGAGAAAAUGGACAUCAAGGCGGCCUUAGAAGUGACAUCAGAAAUUGUUACUUUGGAAGUGAUACAUCGUUUGGUCGUUUGUAUAUUUGAGGCACUCUGCGUCAGUCACGGUACGAUCGCUCCCGGCGGGGCGACUCCCGGCAAGAGUAUCAUGAGACUGAGAGUUGUUUCCUGUUCAAGCGUGGAACAAAUGGAUAACAAUCACAUUAGAGUUAUUCCUGCCAGAGAUAUUGGAUUCGGUUGGGCCAUCGUUCGUGCAUUUAUUAAGAACGUUUUCAUGGCGUUUCUCUUCCCAAUUUUUUUCCCCAUGUUUUUCUUUCAGUUCAAUCGAACUGCCUACGAUCUUAUCUGUAGUUGCAUUGUGGUAGAAGACUUACCCGGCGAGAGACGCAGGCUGUAAACACAUAAUUAUUUAAACUUUUUAUAGGAAAAUUAUACAAAUACGUAUAUAUAAUUAUAUAUUUACACUUGUAUAUAUAAAGUUCUUGUUUAGUUAAAUUAUAAUUACAAAAAUACAUAUACACAUUUAUUCAAAACAAUCGUUUUCUUUGUGUUGGAAUGAAUGUUCUAAGGACGGCGCACGUUCUAUUCAAUUCUUCGAACUUUGGUUAUUGUAUAAUUUAGUUAACUGCUCGUUGCCACUCAUAAAUUUAUCUUCCUUCAUUCUUGAACAGGUUCAAAAUUGCUAGCCUACAUUCUUAUUUUUACAUUGCAACCGAUCCACACCAAAAUGAGAUGAUCUCUCUCGCCAUAUUGUAGUAUAUUUUAUAUUAUGUAUAUAUUUAGAAAUCCCGCUUCUAUUUUGUGUAUAG